GACAUUUAAUGUUGAAGCACCAUGCCAGACUGUAGAAGAUUUAACAAAUGGAGUUGUAAUGGCUCAAGUACUUCAAAAGAUAGAUCCAAUAUAUUUCGAUGAAAAUUGGUUAAAUAGAAUAAAAAGAGAAGUAGGAGAUAAUUGGAGAUUGAAGGUGAGCAAUCUGAAGAAAAUUUUAAAAGGAAUUUUGGAUUACAACCAUGAAAUUUUGGGGCAGCAGAUUAAUGAUUUUAUCCUUCCUGAUGUUAACUUGAUUGGGGAGCACUCAGAUGCAGCCGAGCUUGGGCGAAUGCUUCAGCUUAUUUUGGGCUGUGCUGUAAAUUGUGAACAAAAACAAGAGUAUAUUCAGACCAUCAUGAUGAUGGAGGAGUCUGUUCAACAUGUGGUCAUGACAGCCAUUCAGGAGUUGAUGAGCAAAGAAUCUCCAGUCUCUGCCGGAAAUGACGGUUAUGUUGAUCUUGACCGUCAGUUGAAGAAAACAACGGAAGAAUUAAAUGAAGCCUUAGCAACCAAAGAAGAAAUUGCUCAGAGAUGCCAUGAACUGGAUAUGCAAGUUGCUGCAUUGCAGGAAGAGAAAAGUAGUUUGCUAGUAGAGAACCAGGUCUUAAUGGAACGCUUAAAUCAGUCUGAUUCCAUAGAAGAUCCAAACAGUCCAGCAGGACGUAGACAUCUGCAGCUCCAGACACAAUUAGAACAGCUCCAAGAGGAAACCUUCAGAUUAGAAGCAGCAAAGGAUGAUUAUAGAAUUCGUUGUGAAGAGUUAGAAAAGGAAAUUGCAGAAUUGCGGCAACAAAAUGAAGAAUUAACAAAUCUGGCUGAAGAAGCUCAGUCUCUGAAGGAUGAGAUAGAUAUAUUAAGGCACUCCUCUGACAAAGUAGCCAAGUUGGAAACCCAAGUAGAAUCAUACAAAAAGAAGCUAGAAGAUCUUGGGGAUCUACGGAGGCAAGUAAAACUCUUGGAAGAGAAAAACACAAUGUACAUGCAAAACACAGUGAGCUUGGAAGAAGAACUGAGGAAAGCCAAUGCAGCUCGCAGCCAGUUGGAAACAUAUAAGAGGCAGGUAGUUGAACUCCAAAACAGAUUGUCUGAAGAAUCCAAGAAAGCAGACAAAUUAGAAUUUGAGUACAAGAUGCUGAAAGAAAAAGUAGAUAGUCUCCAAAAGGAAAAAGAUCGGCUAAGGACAGAGAGAGAUUCUCUAAAGGAAACCAUUGAAGAGAUUCAUUGUAUAAAAGCACAGGAGGGACAACGAAAUACUUCAGGAUUAUUACAACUGGAAGGUCAGGAAUCUUCUGACAGUUUAGCAGCAGAAAUUAUUACUCCAGAAAUAAAGGAAAUACUUCUUCGCCUUCAACUUGAAAACAGAAUGCUAAAAGUUAAACAGGAAGGGUCUGACAAUGAGAAGAUUGCUUUGCUCCAGAGUCUCUUGGAUGAUGCCAAUCUCAGAAAGAACGAACUAGAAACGGAGAACAGGCUUGUAAAUCAGAGAUUGCUUGAAGUACAAUCCCAGGUUGAAGAAUUACAGAAAUCUUUACAGGAGCAAGGUUCAAAAGCUGAAGAUUCAGUCAUUCUGAAAAAGAAACUUGAUGAACAUCUUGAAAAGCUGCAUGAAGCUAAUAAUGAGCUUCAGAAGAAACGGGCAAUCAUUGAAGAUUUAGAACCUCGUUACAACAAUAGUUCACUCAAAAUAGAAGAAUUGCAAGAAGCUUUGUGUAAAAAAGAAGAAGAAAUGAAGCAAAUGGAAGAACGAUACAAAAAAUAUUUGGAAAAGGCUAAAAGUGUCAUCCGUACUUUAGAUCCCAAACAGAACCAAGGUUCAGCACCUGAAAUUCAAGCAUUGAAGAAUCAACUGCAGGAACGUGAGAGGAUGUUCCAUUCUUUGGAGAAAGAAUAUGAAAAGACAAAGAGUCAAAGAGAUAUGGAGGAGAGAUACAUCGUCAGUGCCUGGUACAAUAUGGGGAUGACACUUCAUAAAAAAGCAGUAGAAGACAGACUUGCUAGUACUGGUUCAGGACAAUCCUUCCUAGCUAGACAAAGGCAGGCCACCAGCACAAGAAGAGCUUAUUCAGGCCAUGUCCAACCAGCCACAGCAAGGUAGAGAGAGACCUUGCCUUGCCUUUUGAAUGGAAGCCAUCCUGGAAUCGAGACUUACUUCUGUUAUAAGUGACAGUAGUUCAGGAAAACUUAGCCAGCAUUCUUUCAGUAUUGUUGUCUCUUCAUGUCUCAUGUCCAGAAGAGAACUUUUUUUUAAAACUUUCUGAUUUCUUCUUUUCUGGAGUCUUCCUUUUGCCUUUUAAUGUGCCAAAAUGUUGAAAAACAACUAAUGGAGUGUAUUAAUGGAAUUUUCCCAUUCCCUUUUUCACAUGCAAUUGUCAUCUCUUAACAAAAAUCCAAUAAUGGAUGAAAACAAAUUUAACAUGUCCUGUUGGUAAAUGGUAUUGCAUUCUUUCCAAGGCUACCAGUGUCUUGAAAGAUAUAUGCUUCUUUUCUUUUUCACACUAGUUUGAUCUGUUUGAAAUGGGUAAUGUAAUUUGCAACAGUGCUACAUAGAAAGAUGUGAAACAUUACUUGCAAAGAUAGACAGACAUGCUGGUAGAAGUUGCAAGAACCUGGUGAGACGAAUUCAUGAAAUUAUCUUAUGCUGCUGUUACUUUGUUUCUUUUGGCUUUAUCUGGUUGAUUGUUUAAAUGCCAUUAAUGACUGCUGCUUUAAAAAAUUUCCCUCCAUUACUGAGGAGUGUUUUUGAUAGGUCAGUAAGAAGGAUAAAUCCAUUUGCCAUUGGCACUGAAGUCUUCAGGUAGUCAAGAUAAUUCUGAUAUGUAAACAUGCUAACCUUUUGUGCAAAGUGGUAUUUCAUGCCUGUGCAGUUACGAAUCUGUCAGAAGCAAGGCUAGUAUUUCUCUGAUCCUGCAAGUUGUGAAUUCUAGAUGUUGAGCUAUCACACGCUUCUCAAAUUAAUGUUUGGGAUUAACUCAAGUUAAAUAGUUCCAUACGGACAGAGGUUUUGUUAAAGACAUAGUAGAGAGAUUCUUUUGCUUUAUGUUUUUCUAAAUAUAGCUUAUGUUGACUUCUUAAGAAUGUUUCAAGAGCCUUGCCUUUUGGGUCAAAGGUAAGGCAAGAACCUGUUUUUCACUUUGGAAUGAAUGGAUCUGGAUUUUAAACACCAUAUUUAUUUAGGUAUGGAUAUUGUUCCCCUCAUUUUUGUUAGUACAUUUGUACAGUGCACAAUAAUUUUCUUAAUUAAAAACGCUUGUUUUUAUUCAUCACCAUCUCAGCACGUGAAAGGAGUUUUUAAAAUCCACUCAUGUAAAGAAAAGUGAUAAAAAUAAAACAUGAUGCCAUUGGUCCUUCUGUAGUAUGGUUCUAAUAUUUGGUAAAGUAGGCCAGAUGUUAUUCCAUCUGCAGAAAAAUCAUUUAAAAAUCAAUUCCCUUGGUAAAUUGGUAGGUGUUUACAUGUGCACCUAUAAGCAAAAUUUAUUAGGUAGUCAUCAUGUCCUUUUGUGCUGAUGGAUUGAUUAUGAAAUGGUAUACUGCAUGCAAAAAAUCAAAUUUUAAUGUUGAACAAACCUGUUUUGGUAAAGCCUGUACUUGCUCUUUCAAGAGUUGACUUGUUCAAGUUAUAUAGAAGGUCUAACAUUCUUAAUUGGCUAAUUCUGUGUUUUUGUAUGCAAAAGUAGAGCAAAACCCAUGUCUGAGAUGUUUUUUCUGCUAACUAUUAUGGUAAUCUGAUGAAACCUGAUUAUUUAGUCUUGCCUGAAAGAAACUUGAAUGUAGUUUUCAUUUCACAGUCAGAUCUACUUUCUCUUCUUUUUCAACUUUCAGUCUCUUUACUAGCUCUCCUUUCUGACUAGUUUUUAUUGAGGUUUUUAAUCAACUUUAUUUCAUCUUUUUAUCAUUCUUCUGUGUUCUUCACCUUUCAUCAAAACAUCUUGUUUUUAUUUCCCUAGUCUGGCUGGUUCACUUCAUACUUACACAGAAGUGAGAGGUAUGCCUGUUACGAAGUCUAAGUUUUGAAAUGUCAGGGCUUUGUAAUUUAAAUAUUGCAUUGAUUUUGAUGUCCAGAGAAUAGAGCAUGCGUUUUUUGUAAGUUAAAAAAUGAAAGGCAAAUAUCAAGAAAUCCAAAGAAAAUUAGUUGCCGGUAUUUCCUAUUGAAACAAUUGCAGCUAAAUAAGUAUCCUUAAUUUCCGGAGGCGUCAGAUAUGGCUGACUUCGUUGAAUUCAGGAUCAGUGUGACCUGUUGCCAUACGCAGGCUUUCUGGUGAAGAUAAUUUAAAGAAAAAAAUCACGUAGGACCUUCAAACUACUCUACACAUUUAUUUUUUAUUGGAAACAUUUCUUAUACUACUUCCCAUUUGCAACAUCAAAGUGGUUUUUAAAAAGGGUUUCAAAAAAUCUCUGAUAGAGUUGUGUUAAAGGUUGGAUGCUAUUUUGUUACACCACUGUAAAAAACUUUAUCAUUAGGCUUUUUUUUUUUUUCAUAGGUUUUUUUUCUUUCAUGUUUGUAUGUCUCCUAAACAGGACAUGGGUAAAUAUAACUGUUUGUUGUAUUUUUUUCCUAUUAAUUAUGAUCUUUAAUGUAUUAAAUAUCAGUUACAACUUAAUUCCAAUUAGAUAUUAGAAACUUAAGGAAAUAUGGGAAAUGAAUGCUGGUAACUUGCUAGCACGCCAAAUAUUUAAUAUUUCCUGUUGCAUUCUUGAAUGUAUCUUUAGGAUAGGCUUAUCAGGUUGAGAAAAACCCUCUCUACUCUAGCCAUUAAAAUACAUUGGAGGGACAUAUUUUAUUUUGCAUUGGGUUAUGAGCACAAUGAACAUUGGCCAUAUUUCUGGGGAAGUAAUGUCUGAUAUGAAUUCUUUACCAUACAAUUCAGCUGAAUUUACAUGGGUGGAAAUAUGCUGCUGCUUCGUUAUGAAAAGCAUUGACAAGUAAAUGGGUUACUCAGCUCCAUUAUUCUUGUUUUACAGAUGGGAGGCAUUGCUUCUUAGCUAGGAGACUCUCUUUCAACCUGAUUUUGCAUAAAUGUUACAGAAGUCUUUAUCCUGUAAUGAGCUUCAGGCCAUCUACGUGGUAGUCUUGGCCUCCUCUGCAGCUGGUGAUGUCUAAAGCUGCCUUUCUGGCUAGAAGUCUAAUUAAACUUUCAGUUUUGGAUUCUGAAAGUCCAAAGUUGGAAUAUAAUUCAAGAUGAACUAUUUUUGUGUAUGAAAAUAUACCCAAUUAGUUCAGCAUUAUUUUUUUUCUCAAGUAAUUGCUCAGUUUGAGCUGGAUUUUCAGAAGACAUUUAUUUGGGCAAUUAGAAAACCGAGUGCGAUCAGGGAAAAGCAGAUUUGUUAACAUCAAGCCUAUCGGAGGCACAACAUGAGAGAAGCUGUAUAAAGUUUUUGUGCAAAGCGGUUUAACUAUUUCUAAUGUUCUACUGUUUUAAAUUAUUUUUGACAUAUUAAAAAGCCAGGUAUUAUAUGCUGACAGACUUUGGUAAAGUCACCUCUAUAAUAGCCUGUGAGCUCAUAUAUGCAACCAGGCAGGGAAGUACAGUACUAGAUAGAAUUUCCUUUCUUUCUGUCUUUUGAUAUACUGUCUAAUACAGAUAUGCCCAAAUGGUCAGAGUCUUGUGGAUUUUUUGAGGGGAAAUAAAUUCUGUAGACUCAUUUUGCAAAGAUAUCCUCACAUCUUGAUGUAUUCACUGGUAUUAUUAAUUUAUAUUUCCUCAUCUAAAGCCAGCUAUUUAGUAAUGAUCCUCCCAAAACUUGUAUUUGCUAAAUUGCUUAGAAAAUAAGGGCUGUUCCAUACAUUCCUUGCCUUUUUUUUCCCCCAGUCUGGCCUAAGUUAGCUGAAUUUUUCAUUAGUUCAUAUCAAAUAGCAUAUCAUUUCUGGGCAUCUGUUUUUUGAAGAGUGGAGUUGAUUUGCAAAGAGAAUUAAUUAUCUGGAGACAUAACCACAUCAUCUCCCACUUUCCCACCUAGCAAGACACUGAAGCUCUAGGAAAAAAAAGAUGUUGGGUAGAUGGCCAAGCUCCUUUACCACACAAUAUGUUAGCGUUCAUUGGCACUGCUAUUCACACACUUCCGUUCUUCCUGUUAACAGUAUUAACAUACAAACCUCUUGCAAUAUACACAUUUAAACUUAAGUAUGUUUUAUAAAUGCACCUUUAUUUACUAGUAUGAUUUUAAAAGUGCACUAAUGUUCAGUACUAUAUAUACCAGAAGAUUUUUUUUGUUGUUGUUGGAGAAAAUGGAUAGGAAGGGUUGCCUGUUCCCUUCCAGCUUUUAAUUUAAAACUCAAGCCUUGACCCUCAAUAUAUGCAAUAUUGUAUGUACUGAGGCUGCAUACUGUCUUAAGACAUAUACAUCCUUUAUUUUUAUGCAUCUUCCUCAGCAGACUUGUACCCUUCCUUUUUUUCUGUCCGUUUAUACAUGCACAAGCAGCUCUGGAAAGGAAUGUAGAGAGCAGGAACAUUAAAAAAAAAGGUGUGCCUUUCCUGCAUUUCAGUGUUAUAUGAGAGAACUUUCUUUGAUUGUUCUUUGGGUUGACUGUAUUUAUCUUGAGAUCUCUGUCCUUCAUCUGUGUUAACUUCCCUUUGGAUUGCACUAACGUGUCUUUCUUUUUGUUAUGAAAUAUUGCUGUUAUUCAUGUAGACUAUGUUGACAGUCGGAAUGCAUUGUGCUGCCUUUAAAAAAUUUAAAGCUGCUUUUUCACAUUCUUGUAAGUAUCUGCUUGUUCUGCUGUAGAUUUCACUUUAUAUUGAGGCAGAUGUAGGAAAUGUGGCACUAUAGGAGAAAAACUGAGGGAAUAUUGUUUAGUGAUUAUGUUUGUAUCACUGCUGUUAAGUUUACCAUCUCACCGGUGGAGAUGAAGCUUUUUAAAGAGUUGGUCAGUUUUAUGGGAGAAUCGCUUUGAGGAGAUGGAAGGUAGUAAGUCAGCCUCACUCCCGUUAAGCCUCAUAACAGGAGCAACUGCAUCUGUAAUAUGUUUACAAUUUGAUCAACAUCAUGGUUUUCAAUUGAAGUUAUUUGGGAGGUAGGAUUUGUCCUUGAGUCCCCCAGCUGCUGGCUUCUAUUUUUAAGCCAUAAGAAAUUAUCUGCCUACAUAUUCAAGUGAAUAUGAAGGAGGGCUUAGUAUUGAGGGUUUAAAUAGGAGACUGUUUCUGUUGUGAAACUUGAUAUGGUCCUUCCAGCCGCAGGGGGAAAGGUAUAGAGAUGCAAAACAUAGAAUGGGGGGCUUGGAAUAUGGGUGAAGAGAGAUCACUGGCAGUUCCAGUCACUUGCCAUUUUAGAUUAAUUGAUUGUGUCCUAGAUUGUCAUUCAGGGUCAUAGAUAAGGAGGAGUAAAACCAGUUCUGAGUAGUAUGGGUAGCUCUGGCUAGCCCUAUUUACCAGCCAGACUGGGGCAAAAUUUAAUACCCCAUCGUGGCUCAACAGUAAGGGGCCGGUGUGGGAAAGUGAGGCCAAACUGGAGUGUUUGUCCUCCUGCAACUUCAGACUGUAAAGUGGAGUCAGUUCAUGGUUGUGUUGAUUCAUUUGGGGGGCUGUAACUGACAGCACUUAAGAUUUUUCUUCCAGAGAAAGUUUACUGCUGGAAUAACUGAGUUGUUGCAGGUACAUAGACGAUACUAGGAAAAGAUGCUUGGCUGGACCUGGCGGUUGAGUAGUCAGUUCUGGAAAUUUGGCUUUCAACAUUGUCAGUCUUCUGCGUUGUUUUGGUAGUAGUGCCAUCAAAAUGAGAUCACCAUUGUCUCACAAUAGAGUGGCCUUCCUUAUUCAGAUACCCACCAAAUUACAAAACAAUAUAUCCUGCUAUCUUGGCUCCCCUGCAUAUUCUUGUCUGUCCUGUAUUAGCUCCUUGGAAGGACGUGCUUUAUAGUUGUUUGGUGAGUUGCUUGGUGUUUUGGCCUGAUCUUAAAAUACAUGCUUGGGGUUGGGAGCUUUUUUGUAUCAUGCCUACAUUUUUAUUUUUUUCCUCUUACAAAACCAUUUAGACCCCCAGAUAAGGGAAAAUAAUAUAAAUUUUGCUUUUAACCUCCAUUAGGCAACGUUGCCUGUCUGCUUACAAUGAUUUGGACUUUCUUUAGCAUUAGUAUCAUGAUGCAGCUGCCACUUUCUGAGAUCCUAAGCAUGUGUUCAACCUAUCCGUGACUGUAUAUUUCAAUAACAACUUGUUUGACUGUCCUGAGCUACCAAAAUUACUUGUUUGUCACAUUGCCAAUGAUAUGUAUUUUUUUCUGUAAGAAUAAAUUUCCAGGAUUACUAGAUAUUAAUUUCCCCAAACUAUGAUUUCUUACCAUACUGCCAUUGUAGUGAUUUUAAAACCUAUCUGUAUAUAGAUAAACAAGAUAAUAAUGGUUAUCAGUUCAUAUAUCUUUUGUGGGGGAGGAAAUCAGGACGUUUCCCCUUGGUCCGGAACAUGCUUCCAAGGCUACAAAACCAGUGUACAGUUGUUAAACAAGUUGUAAAUAAAGGCUUCUAUAAAAUG